AUGUUGUUUCAAAUGCCGAGCCUAAGAAGAGGAAUCUUUACUGCUCCUAGACUGCUGAGAGAGUGGAGGCUUGUUGAAAGCAGGAGUGUUGCUAAACAGCCAGAGUUCAAAAUUGGUGACGCACGGCCUGUGUAUGUGCCCAAACAGCGCAAAGUGUUUCCAGAAUACAAGUUUGGCGAAUCGAAAAUUUUCAAGCAAAGUAACAAGGGUCUUUAUGGUGGAUCAUUUGUGCAAUACGGUAACAACAUUGCGGAAUCCAAGACCAAGACCCGUAGAAGAUGGUUGCCAAACGUGGUGAGAAAGGGAUUAUGGAGUGAAAGUUUGGACCGCAAAAUCAGCAUACGGAUGACUGCGAAAGUGCUUAGAACGAUAACCAAAGAGGGCGGUAUCGAUAACUAUCUAACUAAAGACAAAUCAGCGCGGAUCAAGGAAUUGGGUCCUACUGGAUGGAAACUCCGCUACCGUGUGCUGCAGAAGCAGGAAUUGCGCGAAAACCCGCCACACAAGGACGCUUACGAUGUGGAGGGCACCGAUGGUGUUAAACACCGGGUUUUCUUCGAGGCACCUGUGGCAGGCAAUACGAUCCGCGUUACGUGCGGCCGUCGUAAGCUAAUGCAACAUCUGUACCCAUUGGAAAAACUGGAGCACCGAGUCGACGGGUUAGACUUGAGUUACCGGCAAUUUCUGGACCAGCACAAGGACGCGAGUGCUGUGCAGGUGUUGGAAAUGCUGCAGCGUCGCGGAUUUGAUCUGAAGACUGUGAGUGUCUAA